CUGCGCAGCUCCAGUGAACAGCUAAUCAAUCAAAGGUCACUGCAAAUGAAGCGUCAAAUGUUGGCUGCUUGUUCCGUAUUACAUGUCACACCGGGUUGUUUCAAUGCUCUCAAACAACACGUCAAGACUUCUUUCACAUCCUGUUGUUGAACUUCUUCAGAAAAACCCUGAUCUCAACAACAACAACAACACGCUUACACUGUAACAGUCACAGGCCUGAUUCUCCUCGGAGAUAAAUGACGCAGUAAGAAUUUGAUAACCGGAGCAGCAUAAUUCUCUCAUUUACACUAGACACAAACUGCGUCGCAUACUUGAUACGCUCAUUACCAAAAGAGAGUCAUGGGACUUUGGACAUGUAACACGGCUUGUUGAGUAUUUCAUUUUCGGCUUUAUUGGCUUUGAUGGAUAGAUUCUUGGUGCUUGCGCAUUUUCGGACUAUUUUGUGCGCACUUCCUGAAAAUGACUGAAGGAGUCACGCCCACCUGUCAUACAUAAAUAGUGAGCAAACUUUCAUUUCAGUUUAGAACCUCCCCUGAUCACGCAGCAUUAUUUCCUAGAAUUGAAGAGCUUCACAAUCAUGAAAGUCAUUCUCGUUGUCGCGGUGGUCGCCCUGAUUCAAGGCAGCUAUGCCACUUUGCUCAUUAAAGGGCCGACCGAGCCGAUCCUGGAGGGAGACAGGAUCACGCUGGAGUGUCUGUACUCGGACUCUGAAGUGAACAUCAGCCAGGUCCACUUUGAGGUUUUCUCCAAGUACAUGCAGGGCUGGCGUAAACUCUGGGAGCGAUCCUGGUGCUUCUAUUCGAUUCAAGUGGAGCAGACUGCAGACAGCCUCGUCCUGUCCAUCCCCCAUGCAGGAAGGUACUACGAGGGGCCCUACCGCUGUGUGUCUGACGCCGAAAACACGACUGUGCAAGACAAAUUCUCCCAGACGCUGGCCUUCAAAGUGCAUUACAUGGGGGACUUAUCCAUGUCCAGGGAAGGCUUCAGCAGCUACUUGAGGAUGCCUGAGGAUCUGAAGGUGCGACUCGGGGAUGACGUGGUGGUGCAGUGCUCUGCCAGCUCGUCCGAGGAGCCAAAGUACUUCUGGAAUAAAGACGGUGACGACUGGAUCCUCCCCUCCUCUAAGCUGACGCUGAAGAAGGUGAGCGUGACCGAUGGGGGCCAGUACACCUGCAUGGCAGAGCAUCCCUCUGUGGAGUCACUCAACAAGAAACGCACCAUCAGCAUCACCGUGCUGCCCGCGGAUGCCCCCUGGUAUGCGUCCAGUAAUGGCCGGCUUGUGCUGAUGACUUCGGCGGCCGCUGUGUCUCUCCUGGUGCUCAUCCUCUCCAUGAGUGUGUUCCUGUGCCGCAGGGCCAAGCAGGCCAAGACCAGCAAGGGACCCAUUGAUGACCGCUCUCAGAAGAAACCCAUCUACAAAACCAGUGUGGAGUCCCUACCCUCCACCUCCGGAGACAAACAACCCCUGGUGUAGCUGCUCAGGCAGGUGGAGAAGAAGAUGGAGUGGGUGGCCAGAAAUUGAAGGAUAGCAUAAGGGGGGGUACUAAAAAGGGGGGAGGAGAUGGAGUAUGGGUGGGCACAUUGGGAAAGGAGACGGGGAGGGAAAAAGAUCAAAGAGGGAUAUUUGGAGGCUUUAGUGGGAGGAAAAUCAAAAUCAGAAACAAGCAGGGUGUAAAAAGCCUGAAGGGCAAAUGAUUGCUUUAGAGAAACAGGCGCUGCUUUGCUUGUGGGUGUUAUGCGUCUUGGACAAAAUAAAAAGGUGGCCAAUUUCUUUUCAUUCAUUCAGUAGCAUGGAAAAUGGGUGGCUAUUUUCUUAGCAAAAUGAUGUGGGAUGAUGUAAAGACUUCACAUGCAGCUCUUUCCUUUCUGAGUCAAAUAAAAUUAGUCAGCUGUUUAUUAUGAAUGAGCACUUUAGGUGAUAAAAUAAGGCUGUUUUUUGAUGAUUUGUUUUCGUUUCAACCUUUCCCUCCAGAGCAGCACCAUCUCAAAGCAUCCGUGAGAGGGUUAUUAUCUCUUUAUUUUUACUGUGACUGCUCUCGAGCACUUUGCACUCCUAUUUUUAAUUUACUGUACUUUGGAUUUGUUUGAUAUUAAAUAGCUUUUCCGAAAAUUGUA